AUGCCCACUCGUGCUUCGACGUCCAAAAAAUUGUCACCAUCGCCAACGCGAUUAAGAAACCAACAAUUGCCGCGACGACGAAAACAACAGCACACAUCAACGUCUUCUGCUCCAUUACAGCAGCGACAGGAUAGUCAUUCGAAAAACCAGCAACAGCAGCAGAUGGUGUCAUCAUCAAAGUCUGUAGCUGCUGCUCCUCCUCUUCCUCCUCAUCCUGUCAGCUUGAAAGAACCUUUUCAAAGUCGAAAUCCAGCGCCAGAAGGAAAAUCAACAGGUGGACUUAAAUUGGAUUUGAAUCUGGACGUCGAGGUGCAAGUCAAUGCCCGGGUUCACGGUGAUCUUACGCUGGCUAUAUUUUAA